AUGGAUACCAAGAAAAGAACCCAGAGAAGUAGUGCUGGUUUAAAUGAAAGUUUAUUGCAAGAUUUUGUAUGGCCCAAGAAAUUUGGAAAGAAAAAGGUGCCUCUGCAGGAACAGGCAGCAAAAUCAGUCGACGAUAAUUGUUUCAGUAAACCCAAGAAUGGAAAGUCUUUAAAUGAGAAUAAGUAUUCAGAAAAUCGUCUUGCAACAAGUGUCACUCAUGACAGACAAGAAGAGAAGAAAGAAAUGUCACCCUCUUCGGAAAAAGCAUGUUCAUCGAACAUUUCUAAGAAAACUAGGACUAGUUUAACUUCUAGGAGAUUGGCAAUAGAAGCAGAAAAAAAGCGCCAACAGUUAGAGAUGGAAAUUGAUCAAAUGAAGUCUGAAAUGAAGCGAAAAGAAAAUGAGAUUAAAUUGAUAAAUAUGGAAGAAGAUUUGAGACGAGAUGAAAUGAAAUCAUUAACUGAAAAGUCAACAAUUUCUGGAAUUAUCCGCAGUGGAAAUAAAAAAGAAGAAAAAUAUGAGAAAUCCGUUAAAAAAUCAACUGCUCAAUGGGUUGAUAAUUUGCCAGAAAAAUUCGAUGAAAUAGAAAACCUAUCAGUAUUAUCUCAAGGUAAUGGAAAGCAUAGUGAAGACAUAAAAUUACUUUGUCAAACCUUAACAGAUGUAUUACAAUCGGUUGGAAUGUCUAAUAACCAACGUAAAGAAAAUUGUUGUGGUGAUAUUCUUACACAUAAAAAUAUCUCUGACAGAGAUUUUCCAUACUUUGAUGGAAAUCCCCAAGACUGGCCCAUUUUCAUAAGACAUUUUCGAAAUGUUAUAUCAUUAUGCAAAUAUACAGAUGUGGAAAUAGUGCUCAAAUUAAGAAACUGUCUCAAGGGAGCUGCUAAGCAUGCUGUAUCUGGUCUUAUGCUGACAAAUGAUGUGGAAAAGAUAAUGCAUACUUUAGAAACUAGAUUUGGACGCCCUGAUCGAAUCAUUGAAAUGAUACUGAAUAAAAUAAAGACAAUAUUACCAAUCAAGGAAAUUCAUUUGGGAAAAUUGAUCAACCUGUCUACUGAAAUAUCUAAUGUCGUUGCUAUUAUGAAAUGCUUGGAAUCAACUGGACAUUUAAAAAAUCCUCAUCUACAACGUGAUUUGUUAGAGAAAAUACCAGACUAUCUCAAGUUGAAGUGGGGAGAAUAUUUAGUAGAAAAAAGGAAAGAUAAUUAUGAGGUUGACCUAGAAGAUUUUUCGAAAUGGUUGGCAAAUUAUUCCUAUGCAGCUAGCCAGAUCAGCACGUCUGUGUUUCCAGAAAAUAAGUGGGAAAGACAACCGAAAUACUAUAAUAAUCAAGUGAGAAAACCAGAACGUCUUUUCAACAUAUCAGUUCCAGGAAAAUCAUCAUGUAAUUAUUGUGGAAACGAGAGACACGAUGGCAACUGUUCUAAAAUGGAAAAGGACUCUCUGGAAAUAAGAUGGAAAACUGUGACGUCGAAAAAGUUGUGCUUCUGCUGUUUGAGAAAGAAUCAUCAGAAGUUUAAAUGUAGAAAUAAAAAACAAUGUGGUAUUAAUGGAUUACCCAUUACGAUCUAUGGACCAAUAAGAAAAUUGAAUAUUUUUGCACUUUGUGAUGAGGGAUCUACAGUUACACUGUUACAUUCGGAAAUAGCUGAAAAGGCUGGCUUAAGUGGAGAGUCUGAAACACUUCAUUUGCAGUGGACUAAUGAUGAUGUCAUAACAGAAGAAGAUUCUAUGAAGCUCGACUUCAACAUUUCCAAGAUUGAUUCAGGAGAAAAUAAAUUCCCGGUUUAUGGAGUGCGAACGAUUAAAGAUCUCUCACUUCCAUCGCAAUCUCUGAUAUUAGAAGAAUAUCCUCAUUUAAAUGGAUUACCAAUUCAUAAUUAUCAAAAUCAAAAACCAUCUAUGAUAAUUGGCCAAGACAAUAUAAAGUUGAUCAUUCCUGAAAAAGUGAGUUAUGGACUUGAAAACACACCAAUAGCUUCGAAAUGUAAGUUGGGAUGGUCUGUACAUGGUCCUGUUGCGAGAAAGAUGCCACAAGAAUAUAAUUUCAAGAUUUUACAUAUAGCAGACGAUACAGAAACUGAAAUUUUAAAACUAAUGCGAGACUUUUCAUCUAUAGAAGCAUUUGGUACUACAACAAUAGAGACAAAGAAACAAGACUCUGAAGAUAAUAAAAAGGCACUAGACAUAAUGAACAAUACUAUCAAGAAAAUUGGAAAUAGAUAUGAGAUUGGAUUAUUGUGGAAGACACCUGAAGUAACAUUACCUGAAAGUAAACGAAGAGCAUUUCAAAGACUAAUAUAUAUGGAGAAAAAAUGUUUGAAAGAUCAUUGUUUGGCUACUGAAUAUUGUAGGAAAAUCGACGACCAUAUUAAAAAGGGUUAUCUACGAAAAUUAUCGCCAGAGGAAGCUGAAGUAGAAGGACCUAAAACUUGGUAUUUACCUCAUUUUUCAGUAGUAAAUCCUAUGAAGAAAAAGGUCAGAAUUGUGUUUGAUGCUGCAUCUAAAUCGCAUGGAUUGAGUCUGAACGACGUACUUUUAGCAGGCCCUGACCAACUACAAUCGCUAGUGAAGAUUUUUUGGCCUUUCGACAAAAAAGAAUUGCCUUUUGUGGUGAUGUUCAGAUACGCUGAACAAGAGGUCCAAGAUACAAUAAUACAAAAAUUUUAUGUAGAUGACUUUGUUGAGUCGAAAGAUACAGAGACAGAAGCUAUAGAAAUAAUUGAAAAAGUAAAAGGAACAAUGAGCUUAGCUGGUUUUGAGGUUGUCAAUUGGUUGUCAAAUUCUAAAUUGGUUCAGAACAUUUCUAAUGAUGCGGAUGAAGAUAAGAAUAUUUCUGAAGAAGUAACAAUUCAAAGAGUUUUAGGAAUUUGGUGGAACACACAAACCGAUGAACUGUCUUUCAAAAUCGAAAUGGAGAAAUUUCAUGGGAUUAAACCAACUAAAAGAAAUAUUUUGAAAUCAGUAAUGUCUAUAUUUGACCCUCUUGGUAUGAUCUCUUACAUUGUAGUAAAAGGGAAGAUUUUGAUGCAGCACAUUUGGCAAGCCGGAGUUAGCUGGGACGAAGAAAUUGCCCAUAGUUUUGGAGAAAGAUGGAAAAAAUUUUUGGUUCAAAUCAGUAAAGUUUCAGAAGUUCGGAUACCAAGAUGUUAUAGCCUAUUGAUACCUCAGGCAGAGAUGAUUGAACUGCACACUUUCUCUGACAGCAGCAAAGAAGCCUUUGCAGCUGUAACUUAUCUGAGAAUUAAGUCUGAAGAAAAAAUUGAGAUUUCGUUAGUUAGUUCUAAAACAAGAGUAGCUCCAUUAAAACCCAUAUCAAUACCAAGGCUAGAACUUCAGGGUGCAGUUUUAGGUUGCAGAUUAUCAACAAUCAUUUCAAAAUCUUUAGAGAUUCCUAUACAUAGAACGUACUUCUGGACAGAUUCAACUUGUGUUUUGGGAUGGAUAAGAAGUGAUGGAAAAAAGUUUAAACAAUUUGUGGCUCAACGUAUAGGGGAGAUAAGAGAAAAAAGUUGUUCCAAAGAUUGGAAUUGGAUCCCAUCAGAACAAAAUCCAGCUGACUUAGCUACAAGAGAACACUCAACACAAAAUUUAGACCUCUGGCUACAGGGACCUAGUUUUUUGAAAUCAUCUGAAGACACUUGGGAGGUUCAUGGUGUAAAAAUUGAUAUUGAAAUCGAAAAUUCAUCAGUUAUGAAUGAAGAAUGCUUACCCUCCAGAUGCAUGGUAAUCAAACAACCUAUAGAAACGACAGUUCUUCCAGAUGUUCAAAGAUUUUCGAAAUUUAAUCGUUUAAUAAAGAGUACAGCAACAGUUCUCAGGGCAGUGGAAAUUUUUAGAUAUUCGAUCUCAAAAAUUAAUUCGGCAAAUAUAUCAAAGGAGAAAAAUAUUACGAAUGAAGAUAUGAAAAAAGCUUUGGAAUUAUUCAUCAAGAAAUCACAGUUCGAUUGUUUUGGGAAAGAAAUUGAGGAUUUGAAAAAAGGGAAGAAAAUUGAUAAGAAAAGUGUACUAAAUUCGCUCUCCGUACAAGUAAAACAUGAUUUGUUACUCCUGCGGGGGCGGACCAAUUUAUCACCAGAGUUGAAUGAAAAUACCAAGGAACCGAUUAUUUUAUCUGCAAAACACAGAUUCACUCGCUUAUUGAUAGAACAUUAUCAUGAAAAAUAUAACCAUCAAGGAAUCGAAACCAUCUUGAAUGAACUGCGACAGAAAUACUGGAUUUUAAAUGCAAGAUCAGCAUUGAAAUCAGUUCUGAAGAUGUGUAAUAAAUGCAAACGAGAAAGAUCUAAACCUGCGCCACCGUUGAUGGGACAAAUUCCAGACGUUAGAUUAAAAAAAGGGAACAGAGCUUUCGUGAAUACUGGAAUGGACUAUUUCGGUCCAAUCAUGGUCAAGAUUGGAAGACGAACUGAAAAACGUUGGGGUGUGUUAUUUACAUGUCUUGCCGUGCGAGCCAUUCAUCUGGAGUUAGCACACACCAUGACAAGUAGUUCUACUAUACAACCUAUCAUGAGGUUCACGGCGAGAAGAGGAACUCCGGAAAUGACCCUUGACGAGAGAGACCCUUCAGAUCCAGACGAUUUGGAAUCAAUUACACCAAAUCAUUUUCUUUUUGGAUCUUCUGAUGGUUUAGGACCCCCACUACCACAGAUGAUGGAUGGAAGAAUAAUUCGAAAGGAAUGGGAAAAAUCACGAGCCCUGACAGAGUCAUUCUGGAAUCGUUGGGUUAAAGAAUACCUACCAACUCUUACGAAAAGAAGCAAAUGGACAAACGAUCAAAAACCAAUUGAAAUCGGAGAUAUAGUAUUGAUAGUAGAUGAUUCAAUGCCUCGAUUCAAUUGGAAAUUAGGAAAAGUUAUCAGAACGCAUCAUGGCAUCGACAACAGGAUAAGAGUUGUAGAUGUGAAGACGGCCACCCAAGAAUAUCGUCGACCAGUACAUAAAAUUUGUCGUUUGGAAAUUCAAUGA